AUGAGUGCGUUGAGCAUCCCUUCCGGGGGACUCGUCCUGCAGCAUGCCUCGAAACCUGAUCCAGCGGAUAAAGAGUUCAAUGAAGCACAGGUCCUUCGGUUGGACUUGGUCGAGAGCAUCACCAAAGACAUACUGCGGACUUUGAGAAACAAGGAGCAGGUUCGACUUCGAUGUGGCAAGAGACCAGCUGUGCAAUAUGGGAAGAAGACAAUCCCGCUGGAGAGCAGUCGUGAUAUCUUCCCUUCAGAACUCUUCACCAAACCUUCCGACGAUUCCCGCCCUCUGUAUUUCUCGGGACGGCUGAGCCACAGACUUGAAGUGAAAAAGGCAGAAGAAGAUACCGCAGGAAGUGAUGAGGCGUUGGCCGCCCUCGAAAGCACCCUCAAAUCCAUCCAGGAGCAGAGGGCGUCCAAUGAGACCAGCAUCGUGGACGGAAAGGAGACCAUGAAACAUGUGCGAAGAAAGGACACUAAACCAUCUUCCAUGCUGGGACAGAACUCUGCCCUCAGAAAGGAUCAUCUCUUGGGCGGAUUAGCAAGAUCAAAUCCGUCCAGCCCUUUCCUGAGUGCAUCUUACUCCCCGAGACCGGGUCCGACAUCAGCUCCAUUAUCUUCCGGACUCUCGUCCAAAGACAGGAUACGCCUCGAUGCCAUCCGCAUUCCCCUUGUGCACCUCCUCGCUGUCAGCCCGAUGACCCCAAAGACAAUUUGUGCCCAGCUUCAUUGCACCAAGGAUGAUUGUGAGAAGUUGCUCGACAAAGUCGCUCGGGACUGCUCACGGGGGGAGGGAAUGAAGGAGUUGAAGGAGAAAAGCUACCGUGAUUUGGACGUGUGGAACUUUCCCUAUCGUUCCAGCAAAGAACGGCAGACAGCGGUCGAUCAUGCCAUUCAGGCGUAUGAUAGAAUGCGAGUAGACAAACGGGACAAUCUGUGGCAGCUCCUGUUACCUCCUGAGGAACGGGGGAAAGGCAAGGUUCUCUCGAAGCUCAACUUCGACAAGCAGAUCCCCCCCAAGCCUGACCGUCAAGGUGACGAUGGCAACGACGGCAAGACCGAGAUGUCCGAGCGAGAUCAAGUCAAGUCAAAGCCCAAGAAGGAUCUUGUGGGAGGGCAGAAGAAGCUCAAAGAUAAAGCUGCGGGUUCAAAGACGCCGGCGAAGGUGGAAGCAGGAGGGACACCUCGACCAGGAAAAGAGGCUUCGCAACCCCAGAGCAAGCCAGCAAAGCAAGAGGCCAAAUUCAAGUCCUCCGAACGCAUAGAGGACUCAGACGAAGAAGCCAAUGCUGUCGAGGUUGCCAAGCCGACCUCACCGGUGUCGAGAACAGGCGCCGGCGUGCACAAAAAACCCGAGCAUGGUCAUGCCAGAUCAACGGACUCGACACAGACAGUGUCCCCUCCUAAAAAGGUAUCCCAUAAGACCUCGUUUUCAAAUUCAUCCUCAAGCAGCAGCAGCGGGAACGAGAAGUCACGGCCUGCUACAUUGACAUCCGCAAAGUCGUUGAAACCUCAGCAGAAGACGGAGAGCACGGCGUCGCGCAUCUCACCAAGACCGCGUCACGACAGUUCGCCACAGAAACCUUCUCCUUUGGGCUCCUCACCUCCUACCACGUCUACUGACCUUGACAACUCCGUUUCCAGUAAAGCUUCAAAUCAUUCGUCUGCUCCUUCAUCUCCACCUUCUAGUACGGAUAUGCCGCAGGCAAAACGAGUUGCAGGAAACAAAUACUCCCCGGUCAUUGCUGACAAAGCUCGCAAUGUGCCGGUUGCGACGAGUUCAGACCGAAGUCCUGCCAAACGUAAAGCAGCUCCUGCUGAAGAUGAGCGUCCCGCAAAGAGGCAGCAGCCGAAUCCAACUCAUUUGACGCCACUUUCCAAUGGUGCAGCUGAACAUCUGAAACGACCGCGGCCAGUCAGAACAGACUCGGAACGCUCUUCCUCACCCGAGAAGCCGGGACCGAAUCGGCAGGAUGUGAUAGACGAAGCCAGGCGCUUCCAGAAGUACUACAAGCGAUACAAGGAUCUGUAUGAUAAGAUUUCCCAGACGGACGAAAAGGAGCGUGACGAUAAGGACAUGGAUGACCUGUGGAGGAUGCACAAACGGUUGAAGGAGAUGAAGGCGGAAAUCUGGGAUAACUGGGACAAGAUUGAGAAGGUCGACAAGGCACGAGAGAUGGUGGCAGUAUGA